UAAUGCCCUAAGUGAGAAAUAGCUCGUGUUCCAUGAUCCUUCUCGCUCUCUCUCUUUUCUACCGGCGAGAACAGGACUGCAAGAUCUCGACCCUUUGGCGGGGUCAAUCGCCCUAGUUCAGCCGAAGAUGGUUGGCGCGACGGAGGAGGCGCGAUUGAAUCGGCUAGAGAUUCAGGUGGACAACGGUGGCGGGGGGGCGUGGGAGUAUCUCUGCCUCGUGCAUAAGCUUAAGGCCAGGAGAUCAGAGAAGGUCCUAAGGCAUGGACUCUUCAUCCUAAAUAGCCCGGGCGCUCGAUCUAAGCUCGGUGGAAAAGAAUGGGCCCUUUAUGAACAAGUUGCUGUUGCUGCUAUGGAUUGCCAUAGGAAUGAUAUUGCAAAUGAUUGUAUUGAAGCCCUCUCUAAGAAAUUCCCGGGAAGCAUUCGUGUUGGCAGACUAAAAGGAAUGCUUCUUGAAGCAAAGGGCGCUUGGCCUGAUGCUGAAAAGGUUUAUGCGCAGCUUCUAGUGGAUAAUCCACUUGACCAGGUAAUUCUUAAGAGGAAGGUGGCUAUAGCAAAGGCACAAGGAAAUUCAGCUGCCGCAGCGGAAUAUCUUAAUAACUAUCUGGAGAUAUUUAUGGCGGAUCAUGAUGCUUGGAGAGAACUCGCUGAACUAUAUAUUUCAAUUCAGAUGUACAAGCAGGCCGCCUUUUGCUAUGAGGAGCUCAUUUUAAGUCAGCCAAUGAUUCCUUUGUACCACUUAGCAUAUGCUGACGUCCUCUACACCAUUGGAGGCUUGGAAAAUCUUCAAGCAGCCAAGAAGUACUAUGCUUCAACCAUCAAGCUUACAGGAGGCAAGAACACUAGAGCUUUGUAUGGCAUAUGCUUGUGUAGCGUUGCCAUCAACCAGCUGACGAAGGGCAGAAAUAAAGAUGAGAAAGAGAAUGCUGACCUCCAACCUCUUGCUGCUGAAGCAUUGCUUAAAGAUUACAAGGAACGGGCACCAGAGAAGCUCCCUCUUGUUACCACCUUGCUGAGUAUAAAACUCGACGCCUGAUUACAUUUGUCUUAAAACCAAAAUUUUCAGCAAUGCAACCAAUGAAACCCUAGACACAAAUGUAUGAUCAUUGCUAUGUUCUAGUGCAUACGUGGUGGGGAACCUUAACUAGUAUUUUUCUUGCUUAUGUUUUUCGAUGAGUAGAAAGUACUAUUUUGAAUUUUUUUCUUUUUGAAAAAGGUAUACUAAUAAGAUUUAAGUUUUUGUU